AUGACAAUCCUUUCACGAUUACUAAGUGGAGCACGAUCAAAUUGGAAAAUCGAUGCACAAGUUUCAGCUAUUGAUGCUCAACUAUCUGAUGCACAUAUUUUCGGAGUUAUCAAACUUUUUCAAUCCAUUCCAUUUCCUGAAUCGAAAGAAGAACCUGUGGAAACUGAAAUGCUGGCAGAGAUUCAUUUGCUUAUCGAAGAGUCUUUAUCGGAUUCAUCAAACGAUUAUCAGCCAUUUGUUCGUAUUUCAUUUCUAUCAAUUGCUGCUCGAGCAACAAUGAAAACAUUCAACAUCGACUUCAAUGCAUCACUUGCAGAUUUUAUUAUUGUUCAUGAACAAUUUAUUACUACCAAUAAUGAUCGACUUUGUUUAAUAGCUAUGGAGCGGCUUCACAAUAGAGAAAAUGAUAAAUUAAUUAGUAUCAAUGGCUUGCUGACAUCAUCUGCAAAUCCAAAGUUUACAUCUGCUCCUUACAAUAGCCUUGAAAAUCAGAUACAUGUGCAUAUUGGCAAAUCUGUUCUGAUGCUACAAUUGGAAGCACUUCUGUCUAUUAUUCGAUUUAAAAAUGAUCUCAUGGGAAAAAUCUCGAAAGAACAACAUAAUUUACCUGACCAAAGAAUGGCAAAGGAACGAGCUGCAUCGAAACCGAAACCGAAACAAGUCGUAAAGAAGGAUCCGGCAUCAGUGAUGCCGACAUUUCAACUCGAGGUUGAUUUGAAAGGGUUACGUGCGAUAAUUGGACUCGAAUUCUUCCAAAUACUUGAUAUUCAAAGUCAAGGUCUUCGUGUCCAUAUAUUGAAUUCGGCCGAAAAAACAUCGGCCCAAUUGAUUCUUACCGAUUUGCGUGUCUUCGAUCCUAAUCCAAAAGCACGUUAUCGUCAUAUUAUAUCUCAACGAAGCGUUGAUAACCAACUGUUACGCAUCGGUUUUACUCUAUUCAAUUAUCCGAAAAAUUAUGAGAGAACAUUCGACGAUGUCGAUUGUGACGUCAAAAUACAAUUGACUAAAGUAAAUAUAGCCCUUCUCUACAAGCAUGUAGAUCUCAUUUUGAACCUGGUCAAUGCAUUCCAAACGAAAAAAACUGAACGUAACGCUUCUUCAAAUCAGCCAAGUGCCAUUUCUGAAGCUAUGGAAAAUUUCCAAAAGCAAGCACGCAAACUUCGUCUCGAUGUAGCAUUCGAUGCACCGAGUAUAUUCAUUCCAACAAGUUCCUAUUCGAAUGAAGGAAUUUUUAUUAAUUUGGGUCAAUUGACGAUACAGACGCAUUUUACCGGUGAUCCAAAUUGUUCACUUGUCGAGCAACAAAUAGUAGUCAUGAACAAUUUAUUUGCAAGCCGAGUUAAACUCGGCAAAAACAAUGAAACUCUCGGUGAUAUUGUUCUGCUUAAAUGUGCAGAACUCAGUACAUCUAUUGAUCGUCUCUUAUAUUCGGAAAAUAUUCAACAUGAAUCACAAAUUUCUAUUAUAGCCAAUUGGGAUACUAUUCAGUUUACACUAGCAAAAAAUGAUUAUGCAUGUAUGAUGAAAGUAUUUAAGGGAAACUUUUCGGAGAAGAUUUACCAUAAGAUAUCAAAGUCUGUUGUUGAAGAACAGCCUGAAUACAGACAAACGAGUCAAAACCUAGUUAUGGUCACAAACAAAAACCAACAUAAUUUUAAUAGUAAUAAAGUCUCGGAAAAAAUCCAUUUAAAUGCUGAAAUAAAAAUGAUUGCUAUAACACUCUAUCUUGGCGAAUCAAAUGUGACUACUCGACACGCAUCGCGUAACGAAAGUUCAAAAUUUCUUGAUUUGCGACUUGAAAUGCUCAAAGCUCACUUUCGACAACUGUCCGAUUCAAGUUACGAUGGUAAGGCAGAGAUACAGAAGCUCUUAUUAGAGGACCUACGUAAAACAAACGGAUCCACAGGUGUUUCGCGCAUGAUCGAUCGAAGCUUCAAUGUCGAUCCGAAUGUACCAAUGUUCACAGUUACUCUCAAAUUCAAAACAAAAAAUGAACAACAAUCAAUGGAUGUUCGACAAGUGAAAGUUCAACUUGAGAGUUUUUACAUUUGUAUGAGUCCAGAUUAUUUUAUGGCAUUACACGACUUUUUCAUCUCGAGUCUGUCAUUAAACGAUGAGAAAAAACCGCAUUCAACAAUUAUGUAUUCAGAAACACCGUCUGAUGUUGAUUAUGAUCUGCCGCUGCCAGCAAAACCCACAUCAACAUUCCGUCGAUCGAGUCGAUCAUUCAGUGGUGUGUCAGGAUCUACGUCACAAUCUCCUAAGCGAAUGUCAGAGACUCCCUCUGCAUUCCAAGAUGAAUCAUCCGAGGCUGAUGGCUAUCUUUAUACUAAAAUUAAAGUCGUUAUCAACACUCCGAAAAUUAUUUUACUUGAAGAUCAACAUGAUAACAAUUCGAACUGUCUUGUACUUGAUGUAAGUGAAAAAAAGAAAAGAAUUUUAAAAGAACAAUCACUUUGUGAAUAUGGUAUUUGUUCAGUUUGCCACUCAGAUACGCAUGGACAUUAUUUUGCAACCAGUCGAUAUCGAUGUCAUUUUGAUGAUGAACUUAGAACAGCAAAAAAUCGAUGUACGCAUUGGGGAUAUUACUGUUCAAAUCCCUCCGGCGGCAAUUACGAAGAAAAACAGGAAUUAAUCGAGCAGAUGGAUGUUUUGGAAUUAACUACUGGCACCCCUUCACAUAAGAAAGCUGCAAUUGAAGAAGCAAACAAACAGAAGGAAAAAGAAGAGAAAAUUCAAACUCAGAAGAUCCUCUCUCAAGAGCUUAUUUUGAAUUUGAAAAUAAUCGAAAUUAAACUUGAACUUGGUACAGGUUCAUCAACUAAACCAGUGAUAGCUAUGUGUCUCUCCAAUCUGUUGGUUGACGUGAAAAAUUGGUCCAGUGAUGUAUGUAUAUGA